UAACAACUAUGCCCUUACCAGGUCUCGUAAAUAUUAAGAUUCCGGGUGUCAUCCCUGUUAUCUUUGUUGGGUCAGCUUGAAAAGCGCGUGACUGGGUAAUGUCAACAAUAACAAGUGUGGGAUGGCUGAGACCAUCAUCAUCAUCAUCAUCAUCAUCACUUCCAUUUCCUGGUUUUAUGAAAUCCAAAUCUCUAAAGCUGCGUGCUUGUUUCGUUGAAUACCCUUUAGCUAGCAAAAUCAUGGUCAGAAAUUUAUCGUACUCUACCAGUGAAAGUUGUUUGAAGGAAGAAUUUUCAAGUUUUGGCCAGAUAGCUGAAGUUAAGCUUAUUAAGGGUGAGACCUCAAAGAAGUCAAAAGGGUAUGCAUUUGUCCAAUAUAUGAAUCAAGAUGAUGCCAUGAAUGCCCUAGAAAACAUGGAUGAGAAGUAUUUUGAUGGCAGAGUAAUAUACGUAGAGCUUGCAAAACCCUUAAAGGGCAAAAAGAGUGCCUACCCUCAAACCUCUGGACCACCUCAGGUAUCACCCAUUUUAGCUCAAAAGGAGGCAGAAGAUUAACGGUUAUUGCCAAUAUCUUAUAUUUUGACUUCCCGUGGGGUUAAGUACUUGCUUUAGGUACGGUUGUAGAUCGGUUUAGAUGUCGUAAAGAGACAUGUAACUAUAAGGAAGUGUGUUGUUAGAUACCAAAGACUUCAAUUAUAGUUGAUUGCAGGAACAUAUUAGAAUUUUUGGAUAUUAUUUUUAGAUACAGUCAAAUAAUAUUAACUGAUACCAUUUUCCCC